AUGCGUUGGCUGCCCGCCUUCCUGUCGGCGUCGCUGUUCGCGGCCGGGUCAUUUGCUGCUAAGAAGUCCUCCGAGGAACGAUUCGCAGAGUUCCACGCCAAACAGAUAUCCCACGCCCCCGUCAAGCUCAAUGAUGUCUCUUUCAAAUCUCUCACUACCGCUCCUCGCGAUUACAGCGUCGCCGUUGUCCUGACAGCUCUCGAUGCCCGCUACGGUUGCCAGCUCUGCCGCGAGUUCCAGCCCGAGUGGGAGCUGCUGUCCAAGAGCUGGGUCAAGGGCGAUAAGUCUGGCGAGUCUCGUGUUGUUUUUGGUUCCUUGGACUUUGGCGAAGGCAGAGAGACCUUUAUGGGUUUCGGCCUCCAAACUGCUCCCGUCCUCUUCUUCUUCCCUCCUACUGCCGGUCCUCACGCUGCUGCUAGCCCCGAGCCCAUCCGUUAUGACUUCACCAAUGGACCCGUUCCCGCCGAAAUGAUGCACUCCUGGCUAGUCCGCCACCUUGAAGGCCGCCCUCACCCUCCCGUCAAGCGUCCCGUCGACUACCUCAAGUGGGCUGUGAGCUUCACCAUGAUCACCGGUAGCUUGACUGGCAUCUACGUCCUCUGGCCUUACGUUGUGCCCGUGAUCCAGAACCGCAAUGUCUGGGCUGCCUUCACUCUGAUCGCUAUCCUGUUGUUCACCAGCGGCCACAUGUUCAACCAGAUUCGCAAGGUUCCCUAUGUUGCCAACAACCCGCGGGGUGGCGUGAGCUACUUCGCUGCUGGCUUCCAGAACCAGUACGGUAUGGAGACUCAGGUUGUAGCUGCUUUGUACGGUAUCCUCUCCUUUGCUGCCAUCUCCUUGGCUGUCAAGGUACCCAGAAUUGCCGAUCCCAGGUCCCAGGUUAUCACGGUCUGGGCUUGGAGCGGCGUCAUCCUUGUUGUGUACAGCUUCCUCCUCAGUGUCUUCCGAGUCAAGAACGCUGGCUACCCAUUCUACCUGCCCCCGUUCAUGUAA